CGCGCCGACAUGCUGUGCCCCGCGCGUUGCUCGUGCUUCCUCUGUCGGGAGCUGCAGUCCUGCCGGGCCGCCGACGCGAGGAAACCACCCUCCAAACACAACAUGUGCGACAACUUCAUACUCAAGAAGGCUGACGCAUGGGAGCCUAUGAAAUUCAUCCGCGGUGCUGCCAGGCUCUCAGUUCGACACUGGCAGAGCCGGGAGCCGCUUACCUCUGCCAAAACGCGAACAACAACGCAUAAGUCGACCAGUUGUGAGCAGUUGUAUCCUCACAUGUCUGAGGACGAGACGGCGUCGUUCGCGAUGCGCCGCGCGCCGAGCACGGAUCGAGUGAAACCCCAAUCCGACCACAAACCUCUUUUCAAACUUCUGGGCAAUUCCCGCCAUAAAAAAGGCAAUACGUGUGACAUCUCCGAAGGCAAAGUACGUCGCAGUGUUCUCAAUUUCAGAAAAAACGAGACUCCAAUUUCGAAGAAUGUUCACGAAAAAUACAUUCCUCUUCCACAGACUUCGGCGCCACAGGACCGUGUUUACAGUGACCCUAAGCCGUGGAGCUCGCAGACGCAGAUCGAUGAUUGUUGUCGACCGCCUGUUUAUCAAAGUGUUGAGAAGAAGAAAGAGGAAAACAAGGGCUCUGUGACUGAGAAAAAGGCGUAUAGUAAUCGUCUUCCUUGCUACGAAGAAUUAGCACAAAGAAUAUCUCAAGAUAAAAAUAAAAAACCUCACUUACCAUUGUCGGAAAACGGAUUGGCGAACAAAAUUACACAAAACAAUAACAAAGUUGUUAUUUAUUUUGGUGAUUCAAUAAUACGUAAACACAAUGAACAGAAGAAAGAGGAAGCCAGGAAAGAGUCACUGAAAGAGGAGGCUAUCUACGCUAAUGGAAGCUUAGAUAAGAUUGAGAACUCUGGACUUAACAGGGAUGUUGAUAAAGGUGGAGGAACGCCUAUGAUUUCCGAAGUUCAAAUAUCUGAAGGAAUCUAUUCCGAAAUAAAACCUGAAGAUAAUACUGAAAUAGUAACGAUAAACGACGCCACAUAUAAAAAAGAUGUUUUCGGCACGAUUGGUUCCGAUGGAUUUUUGGUAGUCGAAUUCGAAGGAAAUUUCGAAAGAGCCCGCCAACUUGUUGAGCUGGUACACGGAGGAUCUAACACUGAUCACCACGAAGCCACAGUACUUGAUGAAGACGAAAACGAAGAUUGGAGUUUCAUUCAAGACUGGAGGAAACGACCAUCGAGCGGGUGCCGUCCAGGCGAGGAAGGAGCGUGGUGCGGCGGCGGCACCGCGGGGGGCGCGCGGGCUCUACGCGUGCGUGUAUCCCACGCGGCGGCCGCACCAGCCCCGCUGGCGCGCCGCUUGUCCCCGCCGCCGCACGCGCAUCGAGCCACCACGCCACCAGUACCCACAGAAACUAGUAAACCCCACGAGGAAUCAGCGCCAGCGUGCACAGAGCCGUCCGGCGCGCAGCUGAAGCCGGUGAGCGCGGUGUCGCAGCUGACGGUGGCCAGCGCACCCGUGCGCUCCGCACCGCCGCAGAGCAGCUACGCGUUGGAGCGGCGCCAUCAACAGCCGCGGCAUGACCACCACCACGCGCCCGCGCAGAAUGGCGUCCGCGAGUGCAACAGCAGUUCAGACGAGAACCGUUCGUCGGGGCACGCGUCGAUGUCGGACAGCGGCGGCGGCGGCGAGGCGGGCCGCGAUGAACCGCGCCGCAACCGACAACCGCCGCAUACCAGGACCAAGCACCGACCGCACAAUAAGUUACAGUCCCCGUGGCCUGGAGGUGGUGGAUUGGAAGACAUCAGGUCCGCCAUUAAACAGCUGACACUCCGCUCCCGGGACAGCAGCAGCACCGCCACCAGCGGCGCGUCCAGUGCUGGCGGCGGCAGCAACAAUGGAGCACCAGAAAGCGGCAGCGCAGCUGAAGCGCGUAGAAGACGAGCGCCCCUGGUGCGUCAACCCUCUCUGGACACAGUGUGCACCAACGUCACCAGCGCUGAUGAAUUCGUUUGGGUUGAUUCACAUAACCGGCUGGUAGAAUUACUUUGUGUCCCAUGGACUGCGAGCGAAGUGAGUCGAGCCUUGCAAACUGGUCGAUGUCGUGACAUAGCGCCCCGGAUGGCUCCCGAUACACCUCCAAGACUCGCAUAUUUGUUACAAAGAGCUCUCGUCCGAAUAUCCCGAGAAGCUCAACGCCUGUCGCAGAAUUUCGGAUUUUGCUCCAAACAUGAAGUGGCCGGGGCAUUCAGGAUAGUGCUUAGCACUGCUCUGGCCGAUUCAUGUAUUAAGGGUUGUCAACGAGCAGCGACGAUGUACGCGACGUCCGGAAGUGCUGCACGAAGAUUGGGCUCCGCUGCAAGAGCAAGGACCAGUUUGGCUCCAGGCCGGUUCCAAAGAUGGAUGCUGGACAUGCGCGUCGCUUCUUUUGUGCACGAAUACGCGGCGAUAUACCUGUGCGCCGGGAUGGAGACGUUACUGGAGGAGAUUGCACUGAUCGCAGGCGCGGGCGGGAGCACACCCGUCACGCCCGCCGCAGUCGACCAUGCUGUCGCCAACUGCGCUGAUCUGUGGGGGCUGCUGCAGCCUUACAGUCAUCUCAAUGCCGGCAGGAUAGCGUCAGGCGCUCUGUCAUUGUCUCGAUGGGAAUCCAUGAGCUCACUAGGAUCCGGGUCGUCGUCAGGCGUAUCUCGGCCGGAGCACCGGCAGUUGGGACUCAGUCACGAUUCCGGCAUCACUACCAACGGUUCAGGUGGAUCAGGUACAUCAGCGGGCUCGAACACGAGCUCGGGCGGGUCGACGGCGUCAGUGCUGCUGACGACGUGCGCGGGCUCGGCGACGGAGCUGCGCGCGGUGCUGCGCCGCGUGCACCCGCGCCUGCCGCCGCUGUCGCCGGCUGCUGAGCGGGCUCUGUAUUACUUCAUGCGGUGCUCGCAGCUAGAACAUAGCACUACUGGAGGCGGUGGGGGGUGCGGCAGCGCGGGUCUGUGGGGCGAGCGCGGCGCGGGCGCCCUGCCGCCGCUGGGCGAGUGGGUGCGCGUGGUGCGCGCGCACGCCGCGCUGCGCCCGCCGCCCGCCGUGCCCGACGCCGACGACGUGCUGCAGGCCGCGCGCCUGCUGCUGCCACACGCCGACUGCCCGCCACGACCGCUCACUCUGGAGGAAGCAGUGGAGCCAGUGUGGUCUCGUUGCACCCGCACACCUGACGAGCUGAACAGAGCGGCACUAGGCUUGGCCCAGCGCGCGUUGCUCAGCGGCCGGCCCGAGCUAGUGGGAGGGGUGCGGGCGUUGUUGCCCCAGGGAGGACUCGACGCGACUGAUGCCUCGGGACUGACUGUGCUCAUGAAGGCAGCUUUAGCUGGGGACGAGCAGAUUGUUGCUAUGCUGCUGGAAGCUGGCGCCGACCCCAACGUGGAGACGGGCGGCGCCGCAGGCGCGCACUGUGCCAUGCCGCUGUCGCCGCGCGCGCCGCCCGCGCAGCCCGCCGCGCCCGCCGCCACCAACUACACGCCACCCACCGCAGGUUGGACCGCAUUAGUAUACGCGUGCAGCGCGUCAGGCGGCGGCGUGACGGGCGCGGGCGGUGCGGGCGGGGCGGGGGGCGCGGGCGCGGUGGAGUGCGCGCGGCGCCUGCUGGCGGCCGGCGCCAGGGUCGACGGCGCGCCCGCACGCGGCGACGACGUCUGCACGCUCACGCCACUGCAGGUGGCGUGUGGCGUUGGCAAUCUAGAGCUAGUGCAACUGCUGUUGUCCCAUGGUGCUGAUCCGUUCCUCUCGACGCAGCUCAACGACGCUCUCUGCUACUCCGCCGCCGCGCAGUACGGAUGCUAUAGUGCGGUAGCAGUGUGUUGUACUCAUGGCCGCCGCGCGUGUCUCCGAGCUGCCGUACGAGGGGGCGCGAGAGGAUCCAGUGCGGGCGCCGUGCUGUCCCUAGAGGAGGUGCUAGCUGAGGGAGCCGCGGGUCCGCCUUCCGCAGGUCCCUCCACGGGAGGACGCCCACCCACCUUCACCAAGCAGCAGCAACGAGCGCUGCAGGAUGCCAUGUAUUGCGCCGCUGAGACUGAUCACUUAGACAUAACCCUGGAGCUGCGCGCGCUGGGCGUGCCGUGGUCGCUGCACGCGUGGACGCUCUCGCUCGCCGCCGCCGCCGACGCCGCGCUCGACCACGUCAUCGACCAGCUGCUGCAGGACUUCCUGCAGUUAUGCCCAUCGGAUGACAGCCAUUACAGCAAACAGUUCAUUUACGAGUGUCUUCCUCUGCUGUUCAACAUUCUUCGGUACAGCAAGAAGGAGGGCACGGUGCUGCUACUGGCCGACAUCCUGUGCGCGUGCUACGGGCGCGAGGCGGUGCCGGGUGUGGCGCAGCCGCCACCUGCCGCACCUGCGCCCGCGCGAGUCGACCCCUCCUACGUCAACAACCCCUCACUUGCUGACGUCACAUUUAGAGUGGAAGGUCGCCUGUUCUACGGUCAUAAAAUUGUAUUGGUAUCGGAAUCGCCGAGACUGCGGGCGAUGCUGGCACCGCCCAGGAAUUCCAACGAAGGACUGCCUCCAACAAACACCGCUCCGCCUCUCGUCCAAAUCAAUGACAUCAGAUACCACAUAUUUGAGCAAGUCAUGAAAUACCUUUAUUCCGGCGGGUGCUCGGGCUUGGACAUUCCGGAGACGGACGUGCUGGAGGUGCUAGCAGCUGCGUCCUUCUUCCAGCUUCUGCCACUACAAAGACACUGCGAGGCGAGGGCCGCAAAGUCCGUCGACCUACACAAUCUCGUUUCAGUUUACAUUCAUGCCAAGGUUUAUGGUGCUACUCAACUUUUAGAAUACUGCCAAGGGUUUCUUCUUCAGAACAUGGUAGCCCUUCUCACAUACGAUGACUCUGUCAAGAGGUUGCUGUUCGGAAAGCGGUUGCCUGGACAUAAUGUACUUGGUGCUUUGUUAGCCACCUUACAGAAGAGAAUAGAAUCGAGGAAGAAUCAGGCCAAGCCGAGGUAGCAGCUCUACUCCGAAUAAACUUUAAUGUAAUCUAAUUUAAACUUACAGGAACAUACAAUAAUUUAGCCAUAGAUUUAAUUUUAAAUGAAGUACAAACUGAACUAAUUUGAAACACUAUGGUCACACAAAAUUAAAUUAAACUGAACAAAAAAAUAUAAUUUAUUAUGGAAUAAAACAAUUAUUAAUAAAAAUAAUAUUAUUUAAAACAUAAUACAUUGGCUAAUAGCAAGUUAAACGUGUAUCAAAAUAUAAUUUUUAAGUAAUAAUAUGGUAUAUACCUACAAUAUUGUAUUAAAUAGUAAACCUAAAAAUAAUAUUUUGUAGAUAAGUAACAAACAGAAAUUAUUACGUUUUUGUAUUUGACAACAUAAAUUGUAUUAUUCAAAAUUACGACUGUAAUCUCUUUCGAUACUAGUUAACGACUAAAGUAUUACAAUCUUGUAAGAAAUAUGUAAUUAUUGUUGAAAUAAAGCUUGUGUUGUAU